CUGUCUCCAGGUGUCAGGAAGCAAGAAUCACGGCUCCUCUCCUCUCCGGCGGAAAGGUGAGGAUCCCUGAUUCAGUUUCUCGGCCGGACCGAAAGCUGCUCUGCCGUGAAGGAAAGACCGUCACGGAGCCCCUCCUCCAUCCGAGUCCCUUCCGCCACAGAAUUCCAAGGGCCCUCCCGGAGCCACUGCUGCCAUCCAUGACUGCUGUACCACCCUGCCGGAAGCGAUGCCCGUGCCGUUCGGCCCAGCUAUUGGUCGGACUGCUGUGCAGCCUGGCUAUCCUCUUGGUUCUCAGCUUCCUGGCCACCAGCCGCCAGGAGGAGCUGCUCUCACGCGCGCUGCCCGGGACGGGGGAGCGAUACAUAGAACCCCUGCUCCUGCCGCCACCCAACGCCUUCCCACUGUCCCCAUCGCCCUGUGCCCUGACUGCCCCCUGGCUACUGGUGCUAGUGGCCAGCGCAACUGGGCAUGCGGCCCGGCGGGCGGCGGUACGACGCAGCUGGGGGGGUACAAGGCUGGCAGGGGGGCACAACAUGCGCACAGUCUUCAUACUGGGGCUGCCUGGGGAUGUGGCGCAACAGGCAGCACUGGAGCGUGAGUCGGCUGAGCACGGUGACCUGUUGCAGGCGCGUUUCAUCGACACCUACGCAAACCUAACCCUGAAGACGCUGGCGAUGUUGGGCUGGGCCACCACCCGCUGCCCCACUGCCCGCUUCCUGCUCAAGGCUGACGAUGAUGUCAUCCUCAACCUACCUGCCCUGGCACGAUACCUGGAGCGGCUGGCCGGCCCACCCGCUGUCUAUCUGGGCCAGGUGUACUCACACGUGAAACCCAUCCGCAACCCACACAGCCGGCACUACCUGCCCACCUCACUCUAUCCGGAACCCACCUUCCCGCCCUACUGCAGCGGCACCGCCUACGUUCUCUCUGCCUCUGCCGCUGCCGCUGUCCUGCUUGCUGCCCGCCAGCUGCCGCUGCUGCCCAUAGAGGAUGUGUUUGUGGCACUAUGUACCCGCCACGCUGGCAUUGCCCCGCGUCACUUGGACUAUCUGGCCGGGGCUACCCACUACCCGUCUGAUGCCUGCUGCUACCGUGAGGUGCUCUUCAGUGUGCACGAGGUGCCGCCUGAGGAAAUGCUGUCCAUGUGGGAGGCAGGCGAGCACCCGUGCACCGCCUGGCAGCGCUUCCUGGGCCUGAUCCGCUGCAAGGUACUGGCCUGGCUGGCCGCGAAGGACGCCCCGUGACCGAUUUCCUGCUCAUCCCCCAAGGACCAUGGGAGAAACAGGCCUAGAGCCCCCCACCCGGGACCCUCCGUCUGGCCAUGGACGAGCAAAGGAACUGAUUGGCCGGUGGAAGAACCACCAGGAGCUCCGCCCGCCUGGAUGCUGAGCUUCCCUCUUGGGAGUUCAGGCCGAGGCUCUUCCAGCGGUGGGAGUGCCAGGCUGCCCUCCUUGAUUCUCUGGCCGACGUGGGCCUUGGAGCUGAAAAACCGAAGGAAGGAUGAAGGGGCCCGCCUGGUCAGUAUGUUUUUAGGGGUGGGGUCAUUCCUCCCUGAUUGGGGUGCCAUCCUCCCUUGGGCACCGGGAGGUCAAAGUGGGCUUUUCACAGCCUUGGCAGCAACACGGUAGAUGUUGAUCUCCUGGAAAGGUGGGUUUGAGACUUUGCUACUUGUCAGCACCUCUCCAUUUAUUAAUUAGGAAAGAAAGACCACGAAACUCCAUGCGUGGAAAUCAAGUGUACUUUUACUAAUUAAGAAUGGUUAAAAGGCAAAGCGUAGCAAAAUCUGAUUAAUUAGGCGCGAAAGCAAUUGAUAUAUAGAAUACCCCAUUCCCCACCCCUUGGCAUCACAGUUACAGUC